UGACAGGCAACAACGCCCUCACACUGCCGCACCCUGAGUGCUGCGGCACCAAGAAGGAAUUCGUCGUCGAGUGUCCCACGUGCGACGCCAGUUACUGCUGCGAGGCAUGUCGCGACGCCGCCUGGAGCCAGUACCACAAGACGUGUGCACGCGCUCCUUCACCAGAGACGCCUCUCACCCGCUGGUCAUCCUCCAGGAGACGUGGAAGAAGAUGCACUACCCACCGGAGACGGCGUGCAUUAUGCUGGUGGCCCGCAUGCUGGCCACGGUACGGCAAGCGGCCGACACGGAGGGUGCCGUUAACCUCUUCAUGCAGUUCUGCCACCGCACAGUGAACGAGGAGGAGGAGAUAGCGCACAAGAUGCUGGGCGUGCAGUUUUCCGACCAGCUGGAAACUCUGCGGAAGCUCAUGUCGGACGCGCUGUACACGCCGGACGUCCACCAGUGGCUAACCCCGGCCGGGUUUCGGAGCCUGAUUGCCCUAGUCGGGACGAACGGUCAGGGUGUGGGUACUAGCGCCAUCUCUGUUUGGGUUCGGAACUGCACCAGUCUUGAUCUGCCGCCUGAGGAGCAAGACAAACUGGACGAGGUCAUCAACAGCUUUGGCCCGUCGCGGGGGCGCGCCGCCAGCUGA